GCUAAGUUGAGCCAGACGCCUCUACUUUGCUGCUGGCCUCUACACCAGAGACUGAGCUGUGCUAACCACUGCCUGUGGAGCAGGACCCCGAGGAAGGGGAGCUGCUAAGGCUGCCAUUGGCCGAGUAUCCCGAGGAGCUGCUGGGUGCCGUGUACCCAAAGGAGACUGAGGGCCCAGGAGCAACGAAGCCCUACGAAUAGGUAAUCUUCCUUGUCAGCGUUUCCCAACAUGUCAUCAGAAGAUAGCUGGUCGGAGCCUUUGCCUGUGCAAGAAAUCCAAGAAAUUGCUGACAAGGUGAAGCCACAGCUGGAAAAGAAAGUGGACAAGACAUAUCGAGUCUUUGUAGCCAACCAGUAUAGAUAUCUGAAAAACAUAGUUGGUGCAAGCCACUACCUCAUUAAGGUCUCCGUCAGCAACAGCACUGAUGAGUGUGUACACUUGUAUGUGGUACAAAUGGUUAUUGCUACCCCAGUGGAUCCAGAACUCAAGAAGUAUCAGCUGAACAAAACCAAAGAUGAUCCACUGGAGCCAUUUUGAUUGAGAUGCUUGGGACGGGCUCUUCUGUUGCUCUUUCUGCAGACUCCCAGCUCAUACAACCAGUGCCAAUACAUGAACGAAAAUAAAAUGUAACUGAUUUUGAAAACUAA